AUGCAUUUGGAAAGAGUUUGGGAAUCACGGAAGACAUUUUUGGGCGUUGCAUAGACUUGCAAGCAAGGGGAAAAGAGCAGCACAAAACUUUAACUUGUAUUUCUUCUAGAAUUAACAUUCACUAAAGAUGGAGGGAGCAAUUAAAACCAUGGUGAUGCAGUUCCUAAAUGCGGCUCGUGGGAAGGAUAAUCUUGACAAGAAAAGUUUUCAAAAGCUUCUCAACACCCACCUGGGAAACGUCUUGACAAACACAAAGGACUCAACAGCCGUGGGAAGACUGAUGAAUCGCAUGGACGACAACGAUGAUGGGAAGGUCAGCUUCCAGGAAUACCUUACCCUGAUCGGCGGUGUGGCCAAGGCAUUUAGCGACAGUCGAACUGGAGCCCAGAACAGCGCCACCAACUGAGACUAAGCCUCAUUGUCUAUCAUCCGAUUAAAUUUGCUUUUAUAUACUCAGAUAUGUCUUUAGGCCUGGCAGUGCUAUCCUUCCAUCUGCUUGGAAACAAUGAUUCUUGAGCCAGAUUAUUUUAACCACUCUCUUAUCAGUCUUAUCAGUAAACCUGGCAUGUCUACAGUCAUUGAAAAAAAACAUUGUACUUCAUUAAAUGUUAUCAGAUGUCAAUUUUAUAGACAGGAGAGUCAAUUUUGAGAAAAAAAAGUCAUCUAUAAGUUUCUAUGCCACACUACUACCACAUACCUGUGUAAAAUCAGCAUAGCUUGUAUAGCUGAGCACUAAUGUUAAAGGGACUUUACCUGAUGUUUUGUACUUUUGAUAUGUAACGCAGAAAUAAAAAACUAUCAAAGA